GAUUCGUCUAUUGUACCGUCCUCGAUGGAAUCUCUCGAUGGGCAUCUUUGAAACUUUGGAUGCCAUCUCCUGGAAUCUUGCCUCCAUCGGAGGCCUUACACUUGAUGAAUUCCAAACCCUGCCAUAUAAACCGCCACCAGACGUCCCCGAUGCCUCGUACACGAUUCUCCAUUUUUCUACGGCAGAGAAGCCUGCUGUGGACGAAGAACAGAUAUCAGUAAAUGCGAAUCGGACCCUACACGAUACAUGCCAGAAAGUCUUUGGGAACACGGGGGUGCUCAAGUUUGAAUAUCUCAAGGAGGAAACGAAUGCAAAUAAGCAGUGUAUCCUCACGAUAACACGGCCGAAUGGUUCGAUGAGAAGCUACCAGUCGGAUGCCACUUUUACCCGAAAAACGGAAGCAAAGGCGCAGGUGUGCCAGAGGGCAAUCGAGCAUGAUGCACUUCAAUUUAUCGCUGAAGGAGAGUCGAAGCUCUCUAAACAUCUCGCUUUGUUGGAGAAUGAGGACAAGGUCGAUAAUAUGGUCCCUGAAAAGGACCCGGGAGUCAAAGCGGUAGAGGAUUGGUGCGAGGAGAGUAAUCUUUUGGUCAAGUGGUAUGAUGUUACUGCCAAGGACGGAGAGCGUCACGGUGCUGCUCUCCGGAUCCUUGCGACUUUGCAUUCAUUCCGUGUAUACUCCACCGCCGCACUGUAUAAGGGCUUCACCGAAGCUAAGGCUGCGUGCGCACUAGUGGCCAUUGCAGAAGGUGCUUUGAAAUUCACUGGGGGCGCUUCGUUCCCAGCACCACCUCCUGUUGGACAGGUGUCCCUUCAAGAAUUCUAUAAUUUGCUUCCUCGCCCUCUUCCCGAGCCUUCACUGGCAAAGCAAAACGUGUCAGAAGUUCAAGCCGUUGGUUGGCUCAAUCAGACCAUCCAGUCGACACGUGGUAGUCAGUUACAAGCUGAAUACUUGCCGUUCACGGAGAAUAGUCUGUCAGGUUGUCUCCUCCGAAUCGACCGUCCGGAUCCUAAACAAUGCAAAUCAUAUAUCGUGGACGCACGUUUUCAAAAACGAGGCGAAUCCAAGACUGCCGUAGCCCUUAUAGCUGUGUCUCAGGGUGUGGGGGUUUGGUUAAAGGAGGUAACGAAAGAGAUCAACAAGAUUACGCCAGAGAUGAAGAGAAUCAAAGACAGCUUUCUGCCGAAAUUGACCAAGGAGUGUCAGGCCUCAAACGACGAGCAGCCCACCUUUGAGUACAAGAAUCAACGGGAUGCAUGGUCGUGCACAAUGACAGUCAACUUGUCUCCGACCAAAGGCCAGCGGGAUCUUCGAGAGUUUUCGGUGCCCACGCGUUAUCGCAAUCAGUCUGACGCCAAGAUUGCGGCGUGCUGUAAAGCGGCCAACGAAAAUCUUAUCGACCUCCUGCGUUUCCGAAGAGAGCCUUCACUUCCCCAGUACUUGGAAGCGAAGAAACGGAAACGGGAGGAUGGUGAAGUCGAACCCUUCAGCAAGCGGCACAAGAAGGGCCAGUCCCAGACAGAGCCAUCGAACAACAUGGGGAAACCGAAAGUGUGGGAGGCCCAUCUUCCAGCGCGCCCUCAUGGUCAUCUUCCGUAUCCUCCUCGGUAUACAGCUCCGUCGCCGUCCUUGCAUCGACCUCAAUUUACUCCAUAUAUGCCACUUCAGCGUCCAUAUCGGGGCCCUCCACCUAACCGCCGACCCUAGUUUGAACACUCUUUCCAGGGAGAAUUGCGCCUUGUGACCAAGGAUUCUGAAUGCAGUGAACUCGGGUGGAUCAUCUGUCACCUGGUUAGAAUUAACCAUGCUCGGACGCUGCAACUAUUCAUUGUCAAUGAAUUUGUUUCGGGUCCGAGGCAUACCUAUCUGAAUGAUGAGCUUAUGUAUAAAUCUGAGAAUAUGGAAAUGAACGUGAAC